GUCUUUCCGUCUUACCAAUUUCGAUUUUAUAUCUCGAUCGCGCGAUCAUUAUCUCGACCUCCUAAUCCACCUAACAACCAAACAAAGGAUUCGUAUCUCGCUGCGUUCUAAAUCGCAUUAAUUCACCAUGGCCGAGCCCGCCCCCGCCCCCGCCGAUAAUGAAUCCCGGCUUCAAGAGAAUUCCUACGAUGUCGAGGUCCAGCUCAGCGAUCUUCAGAAAGAUACCGAAAACCCCCUUGGAUCCGCGCAUACCUUCGAAGAACUUGGAUUGCCUAGUGAAGUUCUCCGAGCAUUGUCGGCCUUGCGCUUCUCGAAGCCGUCGAAGGUCCAAGAAAAGGCGCUUCCGUUGAUGCUUUCCAACCCACCUCAGAACAUGAUUGCCCAAUCUCAGUCAGGAACCGGAAAGACAGCAGCUUUCGUCACUACAGUCUUGUCUCGUGUUGACCAUUCUAAGCCCGAACAGCCCCAGGCGCUUCUCCUCGCCCCGAGUCGUGAAUUGGCCCGCCAGAUUCAGAGUGUGGUUAUUUCAAUCGGCCAAUUCCUGGUUAACCUAGCGGUGGCAGCCGCUAUUCCCGGCUCCAUCCCUCGGGAAGGUCGCGUCGACAAGAGUGUCGUUGUUGGUACGCCAGGAACCGUCAUGGACCUAAUCCGGAGGCGCCAAUUCGAUAUAUCCCAGCUGCGAGUUCUGGUUAUUGAUGAGGCCGACAACAUGCUGGAUCAGCAAGGCCUAGGUGAUCAAUGCACCCGAGUCAAGAACAUGCUACCUAAGGACAUCCAAAUUCUUCUAUUCUCCGCCACCUUUCCCGAUAAGGUUAUGAAAUACGCAACCGUAUUCGCGCCAAAUGCCAACAUGAUUAAACUGAGGAAGCAGGAACUCACAGUUAAGGGCAUUUCGCAGAUGUAUAUGGAUUGCCCCUCGGAGUCAGACAAGUACGACAUUCUCUGCAAGCUCUAUGGCUUGAUGAACAUCGGAUCAUCCAUUAUCUUCGUCAAGACCCGAGAUAGCGCCACUCAAAUUCAGCAGAGGAUGACAAACGAUGGUCAUAAAGUCUCUGUUCUGCAUGGAGCUUACGAAGGAAAUGAGAGAGAUACGCUAUUGGAAGACUUCCGUAGUGGAAAGUCCAAGGUUUUGAUCACUACCAAUGUCCUUGCUCGUGGAAUAGACGUGUCUACGGUGUCUAUGGUUAUCAACUACGACAUUCCAAUGAAGGGGAUGGGAGACGCCAUGCACGACACGGAAACUUAUCUCCACCGUAUUGGACGAACUGGUCGAUUCGGUCGUGUUGGUGUCAGUAUUACUUUUAUCUCCGACAAGAAGAGCUUCGACGCUCUCAGAGCUAUUGCACAGGAUCUAGAGAUUGACCUGGUGGCACUAAAGCCCGACGAUUGGGAUGAAACGGAGCAACAGGUUCAGAAAGUUAUCAAAUCGAGUAGGGCCCAAGCCGAUUUUGUCCCCAGCGGAGACGCUAUGGAAAAGGCUACAUGAUGACUUUAUCUGAACAAGGUUCUCGUGGAUGGGGGGAGCUAGGGUUCGCACGCUAAAUUACACGUGCGAAGAUAUUGGUGAUGGCAGGCCAUAUCACGGGAUGCGAUGCGAUUUUACUAAACCAAGCCGUUGG